AAGCAGAAAGACAUGCGACGUCUCGGGUGCAACGGCCGUCAGAGUCAUUGAACGCUUGCAUUUUCCUGGCCAAAAAGAUAAAAGCUUCGCACGCAGCUCUUAUUUCGAGACAGUGGCAGCCGAAGGUCAGCUUACUCGACAAACUCUAGGCAGACAAGUAAAUAAGUGGACGAACUCAAGAAUGGUGCUGGCCACGCCCCCUGUGAGCAAGGGCGGAACCGCGGGCGGCUGCUUCAUGGACCAGUAUCAGCAGUACUCGGCCCACUGUGAGACCGCGGACAGUGGCAAUGGCAGUGACCUGGAGAGCACCGGACUGCCCACCAAGCCGGACGACAGCGAGGAGAGUGGCCCCUCCUCCCUGGGCAGCGACUCAAUGCACGGCAGCAGCACGGAGUACGUGCGGCAGUCGGCCUCGCAGCCCAGUGGUCAGCGGCAGCGGCAGAAGUCCCUGCGGGUCCUGGGCGCCCUGCUGCCCGACAGCCUGCUCAGGGACAUUCGCGACCGCAGGAGCACCGAGUACGUCGUGACCUUCUCCCAGCCCGAGGAUGAGGAGAAGAUCCCAGACACGGACAAGAUCCCGGAGAAACCCAGUCCAUUCCGGCUGGCCCGCGAGUCGCUGAGCGAGGAGAAAAUCGAGGAGCUGCGGGCGGCCGUGGAGCGAGCCAACUUUGUGCAAACCGGUGAGGAGACUCUGGACAGCCUCGAUGCCCCCUCGCUGGCUGCCAGCAGCAGCAUCGGCGGACACCGCAGCAACAUCAGCUACAAGUAUGCAGACGACCAAUACUACAGCUUUCACAUUAACGAGCACGAGAACUUCGGCGGCUUCUCGAGAAACGCAGACGAGGCGGACGCCUCGCGGGGAGCGGGCUCCGAGAGCGGGCUCCUAACGGAACAGCAAGACCUCUUCGCCGGCUACCGGGAUGUGCGCUGUGGGGCCAGCUCCACACAGUCCACCAUCCGAUCCGCCAAGGGAACGGUGCGGGGCGUCAAGAACCGUGUGCGCAAUGGAAUAGCCACGUUCUUGCAGCUCCAGCAGCAGCCCAAUGCCAAGAACUUCAAGGAGAAAGACCACGGGAAGGUGGUGCUGUACACCACCAGCAUGGGCAUCAUCCGCGAGACCUACACGAAGUGCGCCAACGUGAAGCAGAUCCUGCGCACCCUGCUGGUCAAGUUCGAGGAGCGCGACGUCUUCAUGAGCGUGGAGUACCAGGCGGAGAUGCGCCAGCGGAUGCGGAGCGGCCAGGUGCGGGUGCCGCAGCUCUACGUGGAGGGCCAGCACAUCGGGGACGCCGAGACCGUGGAGCGGCUGAACGAGUCCGGCGAGCUGCGGCAGCUGCUCAAGCCCUACAAGUCCAUGGCCAGCACCUUCACCUGUCAGACCUGCGGCGGCUACCGCCUGCUGCCCUGCCCCUCCUGCAACGGCUCCAAGAAGUCCGUGCACCGCAACCACUUCACGGCCGAGUUCGUCGCCCUCAAGUGCAUGAACUGCGACGAGGUGGGCCUGGUCAAGUGCCACAGCUGUUGAGGUCCGUAGUCGUAGCCCAGUUAGUCUUAGCCACCCAGUUCGGGACAUCCUAGGCCUAAGUAGUGAAUAGCUAUAGCGUAUAAGGGCGUGUUUCAUUUGCGGGGGAGGGAAAAGGAACAUUCAAACUGCAACUAAGCAGCUAGGUUUCUUUUUGUAUCGAAAUUCGCAUAAUUUUCAUAUAACUUGUUUUAUAUUUUUCGGAACGCUCUAACCCUGGUAGUUAGCCAGCACAGGGAUACUAACUGUGGGAUGGGAAUCAUGGGUCAACAUACUAAGAACUUUUAUAAUAGUUAGUUACUUUGGAAGCAUUUAUUUUUUUGUUUAUACGAAUCACUUCUUUUACAUAGAGCUUAAAAAAUAAUUAAAUAAACUAUUAAGCAUAGGUCAGUUAAUAUACUUCGGCUUGUAAAUGUUAUUAAAAAUAGGUGCAAUAAAUGCUUACCCACAUAAUUAGCCAAUAGUUAAACAAGUUACACAAACUAUGAUUUCUAUCUUUUAGUCUUUAAAUCCCAAUGAAAUGUAAGCCUAGUGAGUAAUUAUGCUUAAGUUCCAAUUUAAGCUAGUGUAUCCAUCAGUUCUAAGAAUUCAGCAAUAAAUAUAAAGUCAACGCAG